AUGUGUGCACUUCCUUGCAAUCCAUUAAUGCUGCCAUCGGUGAGGAUACUGGAGACCGGCACCAACCAAGAAUUACGCAACCUUGUCAAGGAAGUUGACUUGGUGCGUGUUAGAGAUGCGGACAACAACACGUUGUUACAUCACGCUUGCUUGCUGGGCAAUGUUGAAGCCGUACGGUUGCUGUUAGAUGCAGGAUUACACCCGAAUGUGGGAAAUGUCGAUGGCCACACAGCUUUGUGUGAUGCGGCUUUGAAUGGAUCAACGGAGGUCAUUUCCCUUCUUCUCAAUCACGGCGUUGAUGUUAACCCUUCUUCCUACUGGGGAUCACCUUUAAUGUAUGCCACCAAAAACGGGCAUAUUGAUGCCAUGCGACUGCUAAUAAAAGCGGGAGCUGCAGUCAAUGCACCGGAUCGGUCUGGAUUUUGUCCUCUGCACAUUGCAGUCCGAAAAAAGUUUUAUGCCGGAGUCCAAUUACUCCUGAUGGGAGACGCUGAUCCCAACUGUCCGGCUCGCCUGACUACCCCCCUCCAUCUGGCCGCCGAAAUGAAUGACCUUCACGGGGCUUCGCUUUUGCUUGCUCAUGGAGCUUAUCCGAACCCGAUUGAUAAGUUCAAUCGCACUCCACUAGACUAUGUUCCCAGGGAUACCGAUCUGUAUCGACUGCUGAACACCAGGACUUCUCAAGUGCCCUCACUCCAAUUCCUCGUCCGCCUGGCUUUCCGAAAAACAAUCCAGGCUGCGGGGCCUGAUCAACUGUCCAAACUGCGGUUGCCGUCCUUGCUUUAUGAUUACCUGACUUUUAACCGUUUGUGAUCUUUUCUAGCUUUUCAUAUCUGGUUCUGAUCUCCUCCUUUAAUUUGUCAUCAUACCUUGUUGUGAUCCGUUGUAUCUUUGAUUUUUCUGUUUGUUUGCAGUGUUCACCUUCUCUUAGCGUUUACCUUGACUAUGUUUCUCUGGUUUUGCGACCGUUGUCUGUACACUUGCAUCGUCUAAUUUUAUUUUUGUAUUUUUGCUCACUUGUGAGUAGUUAAAACAAAAUGACAUUUUAUCCGUUAGCAUG